UCGCCCCAUCAUUUUCGUACAGAACUUAAUAUUUUUCUGGUAUUACGAGUGACUGUCAUGGACAGGUGUAAAUUUCACCGACCAGUAGCCUAACUGUAUUUCUAGUUUCUGCAAGCAAGUCUGACCCCUGGAGUGUCAUCAUAGGAAGCUACUUUAAAGUCAGCUAACUUGCAUCCUCAGUAGUGCGGCGUUAAUAUGGAGCCAAACGAUAUGAUGGCGCAAAGGGAUGACUCGAGGAAUCAGGAUGAGGCGCCCAACAGCCUUGCCCUUGCUAGUAACUUCCAUCAGAAUGCUAUGGAAGAUGUAACUGAAUCAGAAGAUUUGAUUACACAGAGGGAGAAGAUUCAACAACAAAUUUUAGCACUUGAAAAAUAUUUUGACGCAGACGGCCAGUCAGACAUGUCAUCAUGCAGUUCCGAAGAUGGCGAAUCAGAACAUGGUGAUGAUGAUGCGUUGGAUAAUGAAAGUGGCCUUGAUGCAAAACAUUUGAAGAUUCAGUUAGAGAUAAGAGCACUGGAGGAAAAGCUGGGCCUGGGUGUUGAGGAUCUUCUAAGUGAUAAUGCGGGCAGCUCUGAAAUGGCAAUGAGUGAUGAAGACAGCGAUGAGGAGGAUUUUGAACUACCCUUGAAUGCAGAAACCUGCUUGGAAAUGAACCUGGUAUAUCAGGAAGUGUUGAAAGAGAAGUUGUUAGAACUUGAACGACUUUUGCAGGAUAACAAUCAACAGCAGAGGGAGCUUGAGAGUCAAAUGCAUGGCUCUGCGCCUUCAAAUUCACGGAUGCCAUCAAAUAAUUUAUUCAUUGGAAACUUCAUGAAAUCCUACUUCAAGGACAAGGUCACUGGUCUGGGACCACCUGCAAAUCCUGAAACUAAAGAGAAAAUGCUUUCAGGAACAAAGCCUUGUGAUGAGAAAAUGAUCAAACGAUGGGAGGGAUGGCAGAAGUCUUUAUUAAUCAGUGCAGUCGUCCAAGACACGAUGAAGCGACUGAUUCAGCCCAAACUGUCCAAAAUGGAGUACUUACGAGACAAAGCCUCGAAAGCUGAAGGACCGGAGAAGGCAGUGCUACAACAGCAAAUUCAAGACCUAGAUGUGGGAAUUGCAAAAAUAAGAGCAUUAAGUGAAGAGGACCUGAUGGGAGAACGUAAUGAUGACCAUGACUGGGAGAAAAUAUCAAAUAUUGAUUUUGAAGGCAAGCGAGACGCUGGCGACUUGAAACAGUUCUGGCAGAACUAUUGGCACCCCUCUGUAAACAAGUCCUCGUGGAAGUCAGACGAGAUUGAGAAACUCAAGUCCAUUGUGGAGGAGAACCAAGGUCACAACUGGGAGGAGAUUGCCGAGAAGAUGGAGACCAACAGAACAGCCUUCAUGUGCCUUCAGACACAUCAACGCUAUAUCUACAAAGACUUUAAGAAAAGAGCAUGGAGCAAAGAGGAGGACGCUCAACUCAGAGAAUUGGUGCAGAAGUAUCGCAUUGGAAAUUUCAUUCCAUACACACAGAUAUCCUAUUUCCUGAAUGGGAGGGAUGCUAGCCAGGUGAUCUAUCGUUGGGGACAAGUUCUUGAUCCUAGCAUCAAAAAAGGUCCCUGGUCUAAACACGAGGAUGAGUUGUUGUUGAAAGCAGUAGAGAAGCAUGGCGUCCCGAAUUGGUGGAGAAUCAGAUAUGAUGUACCAGGCCGGACGGACGGACAAGUUCGAGACAGAUAUUUGGACUGCCUCUCUGAUAAUGUGAAGAAAGGCCCUUGGACUAAAGAGGAAGUGAACAUGCUGAUACGAGCAGUGCACAAACAUGGAGUUGGGAAAUGGGCUAAGAUUGCAUCUGAGAUUCCAUAUCGCGUUGACAGUCAGUGCCUACAAAAAUGGAGAUUAAUAGGCAAUCGCCAAAUACCAAGGAGGAGCAUUUCAAACUCCUCCGUUUCCCCGUACAUGGACCCAAAGGUCGUUCUGACUAAGCAGGUAAGGAAAAGGAGGAAGAAAUUCCGGAAAAGUGUUAGAAUGAAAGACGAUGACAUCAGCCCAGAUGAGGAAGAGAUCCAGUACGUUGAAAGCGAUGAGGAAAAAGACGCUGAUCAGGAAGCUGAAUCUUCUGACUCUGAGGAAGAGCCACCUCCUCCAAAGCCCAAAUAUGUCCACCUUCCCUUGUCUGAGUGGAUGCCUAGACAGACAGACAAAACCAAUCAGACGACAGGAACAUUACGGAUUUUUUUGGUGAAAUCCCCUAAUGUUGUGCAUCCGGUCCAAAGUGGUGGCCAAAGUGUUAAACUUGGCGGCCCAUUACCUGCAUUUUACACCAUGUUGGACCGAAGUGGUCAACCGGUCAACCGCGUAAAAGCAGAGCAGUACGAGGCACCAAAGACACGGACUUUUGAUGAAGAACUGAUCCUAGUUCCACAACUAGAUAUAAAAGACCUUUAUCGCUUGGCGGAAGCCAGCAUUCUCAAAAUGAGGGACAAAUUGAGGGAAAACACCGGCAAUGAAAGCAGAGAGAUGUCCAAACUAGGCCACUGUGGGGCCUCAGAUAGUGGCCCCAGUGAGGGUCCUGGAAAGGGUCCUGGUAAGGGUCCCGGUAAGGGUCCUGGAAAGGCUGCUGGUAAGGGUCCCGGUGAGGGUCCUGGAAAGGCUGCUAGUAAGGGUCCCGGUAAGGGUCCUGGAAAGGCUGCUGGUAAGGGUCCCGGUAAGGGUCCUGGAAAGGCUGCUGGUGUCCCGGCGUUGCUGGGACGAGGUGAAGUGAAACCACUCUGCAGUCAGCAGCAACUCAGGGGAGCCAUGGCGUCAUGGAUGGGCAGUUUACUCAUACCGCUGCCAAGGCCUGAGAGACGAGAACUGGAAGCGGAUGUUCUAAGAAAGCGGGCAGCUGAAGUUGAGCUGUCGAGUACCACAGUCUUCUGGUUGCUCUUGAAGAUUUUUCAUAUUGAUACAGUGGGUUGCAAGAAGGUGAUUUCAGCUCGCAAGAGUCCAAGUCUUACUGAAUCCCAUCCUAGCCCAGCUCGGCCGACAGUUAGGAUGCUCAAGGAACAGAAGAAGCAGGGUGAAAAGGCAGCUUCAUCUGCAGCUCGGCCGACAAUUAGGAUGCUCAAGGAACAGAAGAAGCAGGGUGGAAAGGCAGCUUCAGAGUCCUCGCAGGUCAGUCACAUCCAGCUACCGCAGGUGGUGUUCCAGCUACAGCAGCCUCUGCAGGUCCCGCAUUCUCCGUCAAAGGCCGCUCAAGCGGUCCAAGUGGCACAGCCUCCGACUGCUCAGCAGUCACAGCCCUGUAAGACACAGCAAACACAGUCUCACCUGAGCGUCCCGCAGAUGCCUCAGUUCUUCCUUGCGCAGCCUGUGGUUGCCAUUCCUGUCAAGCCCCCCGAGUCCACACCGGGCACACCGAGCACGGCUGUUUCCAAACCUGAAGGCACCGCCGGGCCAUCGAAGCGCUCAAGGAAACCUACUGCUAAAGCCAAGGAGCUAAUGGAAGAGGCCGCUUCCAAAGCCAAAAACAGUCCCCGACGUAAGAGACCGCGCAUGGACGACGGUCCCGUCCAACAAGCGUCUCCGGUCGCCUGGAUUAUUGCUCCCUCUGCACAGGUGCCUGUGAGCACCCAAGACCCAAGUAAGCUGGUCGGCAACAGCAAGCCGACACCCAGCCCUUCUACGGGUACGGGUAACAUCACCCAAGCAAACAUUCCCGUAAACAUGCCUUGUAUCCCCGCAGGGGCCAUUGUCUUCAGUUUGUCCAAUGUCCCUGCUCCUGUCAUGAUGCCAGCUGGUACCAUGCCCAACUUGGUCAGGGCCAGUACGCCCGGCACCCCAGCGACCACUUCUUCACCCAGCGCCAAAGGUAAAUGCUCAACAGCAUCCCCAGCCUUAACGUACUUCACCACCCCCCCUCUUACCACAUCGCAAGCAUUACCGUCAGCUCCUGGAACACCAGCACCGAGGCCCCCUCUGCUGAAAACAAACCCCCUCUUGGCCUCCUCGUCGACUGCACCUGGUCAGAGUCCGGCAGGCCUCCGACCGGUCGCCCCUGUGGUCGCCCCUGUGGUCGCCCCUGUGGUCGCCCCUGUGGUCGCAGUGCCUCAGCAUUUCGUUAAGUUGCUAGCAGCACCCGUUCAAAAACAAACUCCACUCCUGCCAGACUCUGGGAAUUAUUACGAUCAAAAUCUGAUGUUCAUGGAGGACUUUAACAACGUGCAGAGCUGGUUGAAGGGGAGGAGUGGUGCAGUCUCUCAGUUGGACCACCCUCAGCCAUACAUCCCGCCCUUUAUAAGCAGCAUCAAAACUCUGCAGAGUCUCCUGAAGGCAAGGACAUCGUUGCAGCAACAUUCUCUAAAGGUCCUACCUGACCAUCUCAGAGAGACAACUACUGAUGGACAGUCUGAGGAGCAGCUGGUGGCUGUGAGGAGAUUAGUAAAGGAGAAGUUUGACUCCAAUCCAGCUUAUGUGUCUCUGAAGGCUCGUUUCCUGUCCUGCUUUGCUGUGCCAGCCCUCUUGGCCACCAUUGAUCCUGCCAAGGCGCCCCCACCCACAUUUGAUUACCUGGAAGAUGGAAAAUAAUGAUGAUGAUUCAUUUGAACGCAAGGAGGGGAAAGCACUUUAUGAUUGUUUAAAAUAAUAGAUUUUGUUUUAAACAUUUUUGUUUGUCUGUUUGUUUGUUUUUUUACAUUUACUGUUUUGCUAUUAAAUUGGACACCCCCUGUUUAGCACCUGUUCUCACAUCACCUUUACUCUUGAACGUUCAAGAAUGGGUUUUAACUGUGAGUGGGAAUGGGGUAUUUGAAAGUAGUGACGUAAUAGUGUUACUUGGAGAUGAAAAUAGUAUUUAAGGCUUUAAGACCAUGAUUACUAAUUCAUGAGCCAUGCCCUUUUGUUUAGUCCAAGAUGUAAAAUGGCAGUGGGUUUGCUCAGCCUCAGUUCAUAGGAAUAUCAACAGAUUUUUGCCUUGACUGUUGCUCAGUGGUGUGCAGUUAUGGGAAAAGUUAUAGGAAAUCGGUCCGUCCGAAACUAGAGCACAGUUAAGGAAUUCUUAGAUGAGCCAUUCUUCUUGGAUUGUACAAUGACCAAAUUAGCAUUCGUUGGGCAUUUUGUUUUCCGUUUGGAUGUUUGGUUUAUUUAUGGUUGAUCGAUCUACCAACGUGUGCUUCAAAACAAAUGUAGAUUCUUGUACGAUAGCAAUACUUUACUUUUGGUAUUUUGCUGUUUGCAUAUUUUAGUUCACAAUGUUUUUACAUUCAGUGUCAAACAUGUUCAUGUGUUGUAUUUAUUUAUGUUGGCAUGCUGUCUAUCUUUCAAGAGACAGUUUGCUCAUGUACAGCUGUUGUGCUUAAGCAUACUUUGUAAAAAUGUCAAUAAAUCAGUAAAUGGUUCU